UGGAGCCUCACUCUGCGGAGAACUACAACUCCUAGCAGCCCCUCGGAGAGCGAGGCGAGGAGGCCUGAGUCACGUGGGCGCUGGGCCUGGGCGGGCUAUUUCUCAGUGCGGCGGCGGCGGCGGCGGCGGCUCGGGGGACCGGGGCCUUUUGUUCGGAGCGGCUGCGGGGGGCCACGGAGCGGCGAGGCCCGCGGCCUUCCCCGGCUCGCUCGGUCCCGGCCACCCCUUGCGGGGUUGCGGGGCCGCCCCGUGGGCCGCCUGUGGCCUCAGGCGCCGCCGCCCCGCCCUAGGCCCGCCCCGCCCGGCCUGAGGGGAGGAACCGGCCGGGCCUCGCCGCGCGGCCCAGCCAGCUCCGGAGUAUUCACCUCUCCUCGCUGAGCUCUGCACCCGAGGCUACCCCUCGCGCCUUAGGCCGACGCCAUGAAGAUCAAGGAUGCCAAAAAACCCUCUUUCCCAUGGUUUGGCAUGGACAUUGGAGGAACGCUAGUAAAGCUCUCAUACUUUGAACCUAUUGACAUCACAGCAGAGGAAGAACAAGAGGAAGUUGAGAGCUUAAAGAGUAUUCGGAAAUACUUGACUUCUAAUGUAGCAUAUGGAUCUACUGGCAUUCGGGAUGUACAUCUUGAACUGAAGGAUUUAACACUUUUUGGACGAAGAGGAAACUUGCACUUUAUCAGAUUUCCAACCCAGGACCUGCCUACUUUUAUCCAAAUGGGGAGAGAUAAAAAUUUCUCAACCUUACAAACGGUGCUGAGUGCUACAGGAGGUGGUGCUUACAAGUUUGAGAAAGAUUUUCGCACAAUUGGAAACCUCCACCUGCACAAACUGGAUGAACUUGACUGCCUUGUAAAGGGCUUGCUGUACAUAGAUUCCGUCAGUUUCAAUGGACAAGCAGAAUGCUAUUAUUUUGCUAAUGCCUCAGAACCCGAGCGAUGCCAAAAGAUGCCUUUUAACCUGGAUGAUCCUUACCCACUGCUGGUAGUGAAUAUUGGCUCAGGAGUCAGUAUUUUAGCAGUCCAUUCCAAAGACAACUAUAAAAGAGUGACUGGGACAAGCCUUGGAGGGGGCACCUUUCUUGGUUUAUGCAGUUUGUUGACUGGCUGUGAAAGUUUUGAAGAGGCUCUGGAAAUGGCAUCCAAAGGUGACAGCACCCAAGCUGAUAGGUUGGUCCGAGAUAUUUAUGGAGGAGAUUAUGAAAGAUUUGGUCUGCCGGGUUGGGCUGUGGCAUCUAGUUUUGGUAACAUGAUUUAUAAGGAGAAACGAGAGACUGUUAGUAAAGAGGACCUGGCAAGAGCUACUUUAGUUACCAUCACCAAUAACAUUGGUUCUGUGGCGCGGAUGUGUGCUGUUAAUGAGAAAAUAAAUCGAGUUGUCUUCGUUGGGAACUUUUUACGUGUCAAUACUCUCUCCAUGAAACUUUUGGCGUAUGCUUUGGAUUACUGGUCAAAGGGCCAACUGAAAGCAUUGUUUUUAGAACAUGAGGGAUACUUUGGAGCUGUCGGUGCACUUCUUGGCCUGCCAAAUUUCAGCUAAGACGUCCGCGAGCUUCACUAAGGAACGCCGUUCAGGAGGAGCCGAUCCAGAAGCUGCAGUCAUUGUUUGUCACUGGGAACCAAAGGAUGAAAGCAUAAUUCUAUUUGUGUUCAUUUUAAAUGUCAGAAUGGUGAGCUCGUGAGCUUUGCCGCAUGGAAAGCCCUGUAAUGGGAAGUAUCCCUCAUUGAUGUCCUCUUGUCUGUAUGAUAGCCAGCGUUCCAUCUUAAAUGCAAUACAGCCUCUUGAUUGUUGAACUUUCCUCAAUGAUUUUCUAUUUAUUUGAUGCAGCCAACAUUGUAGUACUGUGUGCUCAGACACAAAUCUUAAAAUCUCAGAAAUGUUUGUUUAUGCAAAAUAAUUGAUUCUAAAUGUUUGUUUGUUCUAAAUAUUUGUUUGAGUCUGUCACGUAUGUUUGGUUAUUAGUGAGCAGGAAGUAACAUACUCUCAUAAUUUAUUGUACUGGCAAUCAAAGAUCAUUUUCUGUGACUUAGAAAUGUUAAGGCAAUAUUAAGUAUUAACUGUGGUAGUUUUAUAACAUAUCCUCAGAAAAGCAUGUCUAUAUGACCUCUGCCCAUAAGUAUAAUUUUCUCUCAGAUGAUGAGUUGAAAUACUGUGUUUAAACCUGAACCUGAAUUUUUCUAUUGAAUCCCUGAAGUUUUUGCGCAUAUUUGGUGGCGCUACACUUUCUUUAUCUCAUGCAUUAAUCAGUAUAUGUGUUAAAUGUUUACUGUUUGUAAAAUUGAGGGCAUAAUCACAUACUUUGGAGUCUAUCUAAUUAAUUAAGUCCUUAGACUGUUCAAAUGGAAUAUGGUUAGAGCGAGUGACAUUCUAUGCUCUUUCUCUACCAUGUGUAUCUCAGGCCCAAAUGUGCAUUUCUUAUCAUUAGAUCUGAACUUGGGAAGCUGAUGUGUACCUUCCAUAAGCAGUAGCAAUGGACAGAAUUAGAUGCUAUCAAAAGGAAAGUUUUAAAGUUAUGUGGCUCUGGGCAGCAUUACUAAGUUACAGAUGGAUCAAUGUUUAUGGUUUUUGGUCAUAAAAGCAUCGCAGACCAAGAAUUUGUCUUUCUGCUUGGAAUUUAUUCUUGGGUUUGAAUUCCUGUUUUUUUAUAAUGUUAAAAUGUAACAUUUUUGAUGCCAUUAGUUUGGUAAGUUGAGUCUGUAUGGGAAAUGGACCUAUAUUAAUUUCUGAUUUCUGGAAAUAACCUUAAAGAGGUUAGAUUGUUUACAUUUGAAAGAGUAUUUCAGUGUAGUUUCUGAGACCCCAGUGUUCAAAGUUUCCAGCAGACUGUCAAGAGGUUCUUGAUAAAGACAGGUCUCUGGAGCCAGGUGUGGUGGCGUAUGCUUUUAAUCUCUGCACUUGGCAGGCAGAGGCAGGCGAAUCUCUUGAGUUCAAGGACAGCCUGGUCUACAGAGUGAGUUCCAGAACAGCCAGGGCUACACAGGGAAACCCUGUUUCUGGGGUGAAAAAAAAAAACCACAACACAGAUUUCUGUGUAGUUUAUGGAAGCACAUGACGAUAUUGUUUGCCCAGUAAACAUUUUAAGUCUACAAUGAUGUCACUCAGUGUUUGUCUCGACAGCCUGGCUUGUUUCAGUUGUGAUGCUACUGCUUGCUUUGUUUUAAAGGUUGACUUGAGUGUGCAGAUAAGAAAAUAACUGAAUGAUAGAAACUGUAGAUUAUCUAGUGUGGAAAUUCUAUACAUCAGCAGCUAUAGAUUUAGGGCUAUCUUUAAAUUAAAUAGUGCUCACAUUAAUUUCACCACUUUGCUUUGGUUUAUAUAGAACUAGCAUUUUGCCAUUUGGAACGGAAAUUAACUACUAAGGGCCAUGUAAAGUGAACUAAGUUGUUCAUACAUUUACCUUUUCUCAAGUGUAAUCUGUCAUUACUGAAUUAAUGAGAACACAGAAUCAUAAUUGAUAAAGGCUGCCAAGAUUCUAAUCUAACCUGUAUUGCUCUUGAGAAAUUCCCUGUAUGCAUGCUAUCACAAAUAGAGAUUUGCUUCUAAUAUCAAUCAACCUAAUUAAAGAUCUGGGUUCUUAAACAGUGCCAUUUAAUAGAUAAAAUGUAAACUAUGAAUAAUUUUAUAUUUUCUAGUAAAUGCAUUAAAAGCUAACAAGAAAUAGGUGAAGGUCAUUUUAGUACCUUUUUAAAAAAUUUACCAGUAUAUCUAAUAUGUUAUUUCAGUGUGAAAUUGGCACCAAAAAAUUAAUUGGGAGAUGUGUUUGCCCUUUUGUUUAUUUUGUUUUUAUUUAGUCUUCAGUUAAUAUAUAUUUUAUUCUUAAUGACACAUUCAGUUUUAGACUGACCACCUUUCAGAUUUCAUAGCCACAUAUAUUAGUAGUGUUUUUCUAAAGCUUCUUUGUUUUGUUUUUGUUUGAGACAGCCUCAACUAGAUAGCGCCAGUUGGCUGGGAACUGACUAUGUAGACCAGGCAAACCCCAAACUCAAAUCUACCUGCCUCUGUCCCUGCCCCUGUCUGCCAAGAUUAAAGGUUUGUUGGGAGUCCUUACAAGAGAGCACUAUUAUGUGUCCUUGAAAACUUUGUGAAUAUGGGCUUUUAAAAGAAUGAGAUGGGAAAAAACAAUAACUUUUUUAAGUAAAGACCAUUUAUUGGGGCAGUUUAUUUUACAUAGAUAAGCUGUUACUAUUUCAAAAAUACUGUAUAUUGUCAUCAUGUCAUCUCUUGUGUAGUGUAUGGGAUUUUUCUAAUAACUGAUAUUGAUAAAACUGCUUGUGACACAUCCUAAUAGUUAGCAAUUUCCAAACUAAUGUAUUUCCUUUAUGGAAGCAAAAUUAAUUCCAGGGACUUAGUUUCUAAAGUUUCUGAGUUUUGUGCAGUCAAUUUUGAAAGAUUACCAAGAGACACUUUUUAUCUCAUUGUUAUUUUUUAUACACACAAAGAGUCUUUCUAAAAAUUCUGAUAACUUUCAAAUGCUAAGAGCAUCGUCAGCCAUGGUUUUGGUGGUAAUACACGCACACAAAUCUAAAACAUCACCUCUCCCCCAAAAGGUUGCCUUUUAACUAGACUUCUCCAGUCAUCUGUACACACACAGGCCAUAGCAAGGCAUUGCCCUCCUCAGCUCCUCUGAGGAGGUGGAGGAGGAGUGGAUUUCUCCUGUGGUUCAAGUCUUUGCCAAGGCAAGGCUAGUAAUAUGCAUAAUUGAAAGACAGCCCCUCAAGGGAUUCUCAUUAUUUGCAAAUACUGGACUCUUCCAAGGCUCUAAAUGGAUGGCGCCCUUGAGUGCAGGUUUAGGUAUCCACUCCUAAAAAUAACGCUGUUUUGUGGGUUACAUUCUCGAGGAAGGAAAGUUCAUCUGGCUAUAGUUUCUAAACAUCCUUUAUAUAACUACUUUGUUAGAAACAAAGUUCUUUCUUAUUUAGUUUAUCAUAUCUUUUGUUGAGCACUUUAUCUUUGUUAGUGUUUUGCAUUUUUGAAUAUAAUUCAGAAAUUCUAGGUUAUGCAAAGAAUUUAUAAAGCAUAAUUAAAAUGAGUGUAUAUUACUUUGCAUUCGACUUCAGUUUUGUGGUAUGUGUAAACAAAAUAACAGAAAAACAUUUUUUAAAAUACUCUGAUAUCUAAGGUGAUUGCCUCUAAACCGUCUAUGUUGUCUUUUCCCACCCAAGCUCCUAUGUUACUGAGUGCACUUCAUUGUGACAGCAAUGCUGGCCAGCUAGCUUCAUCUGUGUCACCAGAUAAUCUCUUGUUUGAUUUUUGCUUUUUGAGACAGGGUCUCUGUGUAGUUCUGGCUGUCCUAUAACUUUGUUAUGUAGACCAGGUGCCUCAAACUCAGAGAUCCUCUUGUCUCUGCUUCCCAAGUGCUAGCAACAAAAGCAUGUGCCAGCACAUCCGGCCUGCAUCACAAAAGUUCUGUUUUACAACCUAUAACAGGAAUUGUCUCACACUGUCAGUAAUACAGUGAUAUAAUCUCUUUUUUUCCCUUUGAAGUAUUAAGAUAGCCAGUUCAAUACAGCAACAUAAAAAAGUGUCCCAAGUUUUUGCUGCCUUUUAUUCUACUUGCAAAAUUAAAAUAUUCCCCCAUUGGACACACUGUGCUGUCGUAUAUAUUCAGUACAUGUGGAGUUCUGCUUGGAACAGUGUUUUACAGUGUUCUGGUCAUUGGCCUAGCUUCUUCACGUCUCUCAUUAGUUGUUAACCAGGACUUUGGCCACCGUGGGAACAACACCGUUGCCAGGAGCCAGAGCAAACAGUUGCUCCAUUCCUGGCAGGGCUCAAGAUGACUUACACAUUGCAGACCUAUCAUGUGCUAGAGCUUAUUUUUAGUGCUUCAUAGUGUUUUAGUAAUUCAUUAGUACAUGUGGAUAAGUACUUACAAAACCAGGAAAAAAGUUAUUGUCAUUAUUGCCUGUGAUAGCUACUGGAAAGUACUUGUGUAACCUCAAAAUCAUUUAGGGAUUGUUAUUCUUCAUUUGUACAAGAUGAAAAUUCAGAGAUGUUGAAGUAUUAGCUAUAUUUGGGAUUUUAGUAGCCCCUCUCCUUGACCUGUUUUUAUUUCUAAUCAUUGUGUGGUCACAGGUGAGGGUGAACACAGAGCUCUUCUGAAAUGAUUGUAUUUGUCUGACACACGGUUCCAGCACCACUUACAAAAUGAAAAUGAAAAUGGAAUCACCUGCACAUAGGUUGGAUGGAUUACAGUGCUACCUAAUAAGGCACAGAAGACCUUAUUAAGAUCUCUUUGUGAGCUGACUGGAGUAGACCUGUGUCUGACCCAGUGUCUUUCUGAAGUCAGUGUGGGCUGCUGCUGAAAUCUGGGGCUUGGGUUUCUGAUCUGAAUUCACAAACUAGUUUGUCUUCUAAACAAAGGUUUACUGCAGCUGCUGUUAAUUUUAUGUUUAAAAGACCUGGUAAAGAACGUAACUUCCACAGAAAGCAUUUUCAUUUUUACAUACAUUACCAUAAGUGAUGUAAAAUAGUUUGAGAUCUCGAUUGUUUUGGUUCUAUGCUUCAAAGCUGUCAUUGUGACCGGGUGUCAUCAGGAUGUCACAGUGGCUCACUCAGUACUUAAUUAACUAACCCUGCUACUAAGCCAUUUGAAAAUUGGCCUUAGUUUUUCUGGCAUUUAGAAGAAAAAUAAUUUUUUAAAAUCUUAGCACUCAUGCUGUAGUGUCCCAUUUCUGCCUGUAAUCGUUGGACCCUGCAGUGAGUGAGGUUCGAACACUUUGUCUCUUUUACCCACUGUGUUGGAGUUAAGUGAACUCCAGGCAUUUAAACUGAAGGGAAAGGUAUUCUUGUUAAUUCUUGAGUCCUGAGGAAAUCUUUCCUAGGUGUUUGCUGUCCCAGCUUAGGGCUUCCUUUCCUCACACACGUCACUCAGUGCAAGCUGCCUUACUCUGUUGGUUGCAUCAUUCCUGUCAGGUUUAAGCUUUGUUUAUGUUUAGAUUCUUCUAAUAUUAAAUCUUAUGUAAAAAAUGUAUGAUGUACUACAAACUUUAUGCAUAACAAAACUAAGUUAUAGCCUAUUGUAACCUAUAAAACACUUCUUGUAAAUGAUCUAAUUUAUUUUUCCAUUUAUGUACAGUUUCUUAAUGUAAAUUUAAAAGAUAUUUGUUGUGCCCUGCUCUGUAAACAUUCCCUUAAUGCUUAUUUGCAUGAGAGACUUUUGGGUUCUAUUUGUUUGUACUAUGUAGCUGUAAGCUGGGUUUGGGUGUCUACCUUUUCUGUAGUUUCUAACUUUUUAAAUUUGUUAAUAUUCAAUAAGUGUUAGAAUCAUGCUUUUUAUACCCUACUUUCCAAAUAAAUUCUCUCUUUACUA